AACAAAAUUGAAGCCAAAACAUUAAAAUUUAUUGAAAGUGGGGAGAAACAAACACUACGUAGUGUAGUAGUACUACGUUAGGGUAUCUGUAGAAAGUUAAAUGUGAUUUCGGAAUAUAACGAGGAAAAAUUCGGAUCUUGGGAAUUUUCCGAAAGUCCUCUCCCCACCUGAAGAUUUUUCCCAUAAAUUACUUUAUAGUCAUAAUAUAUGCCGUUUCAAAGGUAUUUAUAUAAAAUUUCAUUGAAAAAAAACCCAUUGUGAAUUUUCCGAAGUCCUCUCCCCACCCUCCCGUUGAUUUGCGCGCAUUUUUUUCAUAUUCGUUUCCUACACAUUGUUUUACACUCAUUCCAGUAUGUUUUUCUUUUCGAUUUUCAUUUCCGGGUCAAGAAGUAAACAUUAACCAAAAAAAUUUCCGAUGACUCCGGGAUAGGGGGAGGCGUUUCCCACCCACCCCUUUUUUUCGAACAAAAAUAAGGGAUUUGCUGCAUAUUAGGAGGUCAGGGUACUUGAUUCCACGCAAAAAAUCCGAGUUUUUUUUUUUUUUUUCUUAGUGAAAAUCGUGCGAAUGAAAGGGUCAAAAUUUACCGUUACAUAUUGUGAUCGAUCUAACCAACUGCUCUCCCGCAAUCCCCCAAAAUUUCGGGCCUUGUGCCUAGAGAAGAAAAGAAUUUUAUUUAUUUGAGUGAAUCGUUGUUUCUAGUUAGCGUUUUUAAUGAUCACUGCACUGCACUAAAUUCGUUACCACUUGAAAAUAAUAUUACGAAAAUAAUGUUGAAGAUUUAAUACAUUAAUUAGGUCUGUACCAAAAUCUGUCAGCUUGUUUUGUGUUGUCAUUUUAGUUCACUUAAUUGAGCAUGUUAGAUAAUUUCUGUCUUUUAAUAUCCACUGCUCCGCCCCCCACGCAUUAAUAUUACAUCAAAUAGUAAAAAAGAAAAGAAAGGACAAAAUACAAGUUUGUGGUGACAUUGAAAUGCAAAUUGCUGAUUCAAGAAAUUUUUCAGUUUAUGGAAACAGAAGAAUGAUAUUAUCAAGUUCACAAGUAAUUGUUCUCCAUAACUCCACAUUGCUGUAAAAUUAAAAUCAAGGUUAUAAACAGUGUAAUUGAGAUGUGGAAAAUAUAUUAUCAGACAUGUGUAGGUAGAUACACAUAAGAAAUCAUAUCAAAUAAACAUUUAUUCAAUCUAAUACCUUAUUUAAACAAUUGCUCAGAUGAAAGAAUUUAGCAAUACAUUAUCUGUGGCAAAUGUUUCUUCUGUAACAAUAAUUUGACUAAGCACCAGUGUCAUACUGGUAUAACACUGUUAUACUUGUAAUAGACCAUUCUCUGAGCAAGGUCAUUUGACUACACACCAAUGUAUUCAUUCAGGUGAGAGUCGAUAUAACUUUGAUAUCUGGAGGAGAACAUCUUCUAAAUUGAUAAAUAAAUUCUUCACAAAUUUACUCAUAAAGGAGACAAAACAUAUUGUAUUUGUGCUAUAACAUUCUCCAGAAGUCCUUUUCUGUGCAGACUCAUAUCCAUUCACGCAAGUAAACAGCUAUAUUACAGUGGUGUCUGUGGCAAAACUUUCUCUGAAAAAGGUAAUAUGACUAAUCACAAACAUGCUCACACUGGUGAGAAACCAUAUCACUGUGAUAUCUGUGGAAAAGCAUUCUCUGGCAAAACCAUACUAACUAAACACAUACGCUUGCACACAGGUGAGAAACCAUACCACUGUGACAUUUGUGGCAAAACAUUUUCUGUAAAUGGUCAUUUAACUCAACAUGUACGUAUUCACACAGGUGACAAUCCAUUUCACUGUGAUAUCUGUGGUAAAACUUUUUCCCAAAGGGGUCAUUUAACACUUCAUAUUCGUACUCACACUGGUGAAAAACCAUACCACUGUGAUAUCUGUGGGAAAACCUUCUCUGUAUGUAAUAACUUAACUAAUCACAAACAUGUUCACUCAGGAGACAAGCCAUUCCACUGUGAUAUGUGUGGAAAGACAUUCUCUAGUAAUAGUAGAUUAACUAGACACACACGCACUCAUACUGGUGACAAACCAUACCGCUGUGAUAUCUGUGGCAAAACAUUUACUGACAACAGUACAUUAAUUAGACACAUACGCAUGCACACAGGUGAUAAUCCAUACCGUUGUGAAAUCUGUGGUAAAACAUUCUCGGUGAAUGGUCAUUUAACUCAACACGUACGUAUUCACACAGGUGAGAAACCAUACCCUUGUGAUAUCUGUGAAAAAAGGUUCUUUGACAAAAGUGGAUUAACUAAACACAUACGCUUGCACACAGGUGAGAAACCAUACCACUGUGAUAUCUGUGGUAAAACAUUCUCACAGAAUGGUCAUUUAACUCAACAUGUACGUAUUCACACAGGUGAAAAGCCAUACCAUUGUGAUAUCUGUGGUAAAAUGUUUUCACGGAAAGGUCAUUUAACGCUUCAUAUACGUGGUCACACAGGUGUGAGACCAUAUAGCUGUGACAUUUGUGGUAAAUCAUAUGCUGAUAAUCAGAAUUUAAAUCGUCACAAACCUGUUCACACAGGUGUAAAACCAUAUCAAUGUGAUAUGUGUAGUAAAACUUACAAUGAGAAUAGGAGUUUGUCUAAUCAUAAAGAAAAAGCACAUGCAAAACAAACAAUAAAAAAAUUUAGGAAAGUUAUGAGGAAACAAAGUUGGAUGGGGUACAAUUCUGUAGGUAUGCCAGGUAGGGACAGAAACAUUAAAAAUCACUAUCUUGCAGAGUUAAAUAACUAUGUCACAAUUUAUAAGAAAGCUAUGGCGGAUAAACUUUACAAAAGUCAAUUGUAUGCUCAAACACAGCUCAACUUCAGUGACACAUCUCUUCAUACAUGUGUAGAUGCACAGAAAACAGCAUAUCACUUAAACAUCAACAAUAAGACAUUUACUAAAUGUAACUUGUUAUUUAAGCAAAACUUACACCAGACAAACUCAAAGCUUAAAUAUUUUAACAUUACCAAAAAUGGUUCAUUGUCUUUGCAUAAAAAUGUUCAGAAAGAGGAGAAAGUUUACCAAUGUAUAAUCUGUGGCAAAAUUUUCACUGACAGUAGUAAUUUGACCAAGCACAAACGUAUUCAUACUGGUGAAAAGCCAUAUCACUGUGAUAUUUGUAGUAGAACAUUCUCUCAGAAAGGUCAUUUGUCUGCGCACAAAUAUACUCAUUCAGGUGAGAAACCGUAUCACUGUGAUAUUUGUGGUAAAACAUUUUCACAAAAUAGUGUGUUAACUGUUCAUAAACGUGUCCACACAGGAGAGAAACCAUAUCAAUGUGGAAUUUGUGCUAAAACAUUUUCCCGGGGUUAUGAUUUGAAUAGACACAAAUACAUUCACACAAAUGAAAAGCCAUAUUACUGUGAUGUCUGUGGGAAAACAUUCUCUGAAAGAGGUAGUAUGACUAAGCACAAACACAUUCACACUGGUGAGCAACCAUACCAUUGUGAUAUCUGUGGGAAAACGUUUUCUGAAUCUAAUAAGUUGACUCGUCACAAACAAGUUCACACAGGAGAGAAGCCAUUUUACUGUGAUAUUUGUGGAAAAACAUUCUCUGGUAAUAGCACAUUAAAUAGACACAAACGCAUGCAUACAGGUGACAACCCAUACCACUGUGAUAUCUGUGGGAAAAGAUUUGCUGUGAGUAAUAGUUUAACUAUACACAUACGUAUGCAUACAGGUGAGAAACCAUACCACUGUGAUAUUUGUGGUAAAACAUUCUCUCAAAAUGGUCAUCUAACUCAACAUGUACGUAUUCACACAGGUGAGAAUCCAUUUCACUGUGAUAGUUGUGGUAAAUCCUUCUCUCAAAAAGGUCAUUUAACACUUCAUAUACGUGGUCACACAGGUGAAAGACCAUACAGCUGUGAUAUUUGUGGUAAAUCAUAUGCUGAUAAUCAGAAUUUAAACCGUCACAGACGUAUUCACAAUGGCUGGUUACACAGAGACAAAAAUACGUCACUUUUGUAUCUGCUUUACAAGAUUUCUGAUGUGUUGAUGGUUUGUGGUGACAUUGAAAUGGAAAUUGCCAGUUCAAAUAAUUUGUCAUUUUUUAAAAACAGAAAACUAAUGUUAUCAAGUACUCAAAUUAGACUCAAUUACAUUCACAAAAGGAAAAGGCCAUACCUCUGUGUUAUCUUUAAGAGAGCAUUUUUAAAAAGAGGGAAUAUGACUAAUCAUAAAGAUACUCAAAUGGGUGAGAAACCAUACCAUUGUGAUAUUGAAGAGAAAAUUUUCUCUUUGUUAGCUAAUCACAAACAAGUCAGAGAUAAAGCAUUCCACUGUGAUAUUUGUGGGAAAGGAUUCUCUGACAACAGUGCAUUAACUAGACAUAUACGUGUGCACACUGGUGACAACCCAUACCACUGUGAUAUCUGUGGGAAAACAUUCUCUGGUAGCAGUACAUUGAGUAGGCACAUUCGGAUGCACACUGGUGACAACCGAUACCACUGUGAUGUCUGUGGGAAAAGAUUCUCUGACAAUAGUGCAUUAACUAGACAUAUACGAAUGCACACAGGGGAAAAACCAUACCACUGUGAUAUCUGUGGGAAAUCAUUUUCUGACAGUAAUAGCUUAACCAAACACAUUCGUAUGCACACUGGUGAAAAACCAUACCCAUGUGAUAUAUGUGGAAAAAGAUUCUUUGAUGGAAGUGGAUUAACUAAACACAUACGCAUGCAUACUGGUGAGAAACCAUACCACUGUGAUAUCUGUGGGAAAACAUUCUCUCAGAAUGGUCACUUAACUGAACAUGUACGUAUUCACACAGGUGAGAAUCCAUUUCACUGUGAUAUCUGUGGUAAAUCCUUCUCUCGGAGUAGUCACUUAACACUUCAUGUACGUAUUCAUACUGGUGAGAGACCAUACAAUUGUACAGUCUGUGGGAAAAAUUUCUCCGCAUACAGUAGUUUAACUAGUCACAAGCAAGUUCACACAGGACAUAAACCAUUUUACUGUGAUAUCUGUGGGAAAACAUUCUCUAACAGUAGUGGUUUAACUAACCACAUACGCAUACACACAGGUGACAACCCAUACCACUGUGAUAUCUGUGGGAAAACAUUCUCUGACAAUAGUACAUUAACUAGACACAUACGCACACACACAGGUGAGAAACCAUACCACUGUGAUAUUUGUGGUAAAACAUUCUCUCAAAAUGGUCAUCUAACUCAACAUGUACGUGUCCAUACAGGUGAAAAACCAUACAAUUGUGAUAUCUGUGGUAAGACAUUUUCUCAAAGAGGUCAUUUAACAAUUCAUGUACGUGGCCAUACAGGUGAGAGACCAUAUAGCUGUGAUAUUUGUGGUAAAACAUAUUCUGAUAAUCAAAGCUUAACUCGUCACAGGCCUGUCCACACAGGUGAGAAACCCUAUCAUUGUGACAUCUGUGGUAAAACUUUCUCUGAGAAUAGAAUUUUAACUAAUCAUAAGAAAAGGUCACAUGGAAGUCAAACCCUAGAACAAUAGGAUAACUUGGAAGACUUUGUGCAAAUUAUUACUUCAUGAAACUGAAAGGAAUUCCUCUAGGACAGAAUUUGAUGAAAUAUGAUUGGACAUUACAAGAAAAUGGACAAAAUUUAAUUUUCUUUACUUCAAUAGUCUCUCCCUGAAAAACCUUUGUUGGAGAUUUUUUAAACUUUUUACUGUAAUGAAAAUGAGUUAAAGAUUUACACUUUUGAAUGUGACAAUUUCUCUGGUAGAAAGUUAGUGUAAAUAACAAAUGAAGUAUUGCAAUGUUUUGUAAUUAAACUUUAUUUAAAUGUGUGAUCUUCUCAACAGAUUAACUUUCAUAACGAGUCUGGUUGUGGAAAUAUUUAUCAGUAUUGUGAUACUGUGAACAGUCAACAAUUGUUGUACUUAUUUGUCUUUGAAUUGAUGUUUCAAUACAGGCAGAUUCGUCCAUUCA